AUGAGGAAGGCCCUAAUGACUGAAAUGCAUGAACAUGAGCAGCGGCAGUUAGUUGAGAACGAUGAGGGUGUGGGUUUCGAGUACUCCGGAAGCAGUGUGAACAACCACCAUGACAUCCCUAGGAAGGACUUCAACAACUUCAGUGGUGGUGCCUCUAAGGGUGGUGAUGAUACCAGUGGUGGCGAGACCUAA